GUUGUAAUGCCUAGCGAACCACGAGUGAUACCAAUUCGUCGCAUCGAUACGGGCUAUGAAGCUCAAGCUCCACGACGUGGUACUGCGUCGACCGCUUCGGAAACGUUAGUUCUUAAUUAUGGCAAUGAACAACUCAUUUCCUGGAAUGACGAUUCGCGAUACGACAGAAGGCGAAAACCAGACUUCAUCGAUGCCUACGAUGAAGUGGAACCAAACCAUUUUCGGGAAAGAGAAAUUAGAGACAGAGAGACCCGACACCGAAGUCGACCACUUCAAACACCAGCAAGAAGCCAAAGUUCCCACGCUGUUGCUGUUCAUGAGAGAACAUUUAGGGUUGAUGAUCCAGUGAGCACCGGAGGAGCAAUGGUUGGUGACCGUUGUGUUUGGGUUUCGGAAGGUGUACCACACAAGGGAACAAUCAAAUUUAUCGGGCAUCUGAAAGGGCACAGCAAUUUAUAUGCCGGCGUCGAUUUUGAUGAAAAAGUAGGUAAAGGCACUGGGGUCUUCCAAGGAGAAGUUCUGUUUCAAACCCCGGAAAAUCAUGCCGGAUUCGUGCUCCUUUCUGCUCUCGAAAUCAUCCCGCGAUCAUUAGCAGUCAGUGGAAAUGCAACCAAUCGCCAUAUUUCGAUGGUGCAGAAGCAGGUAAAGGUUUCAUGCAUUAGAUCAACUUCAUUCUAA